AUGGGUGUUGUGCAGGAAGGCUGUGGCUCGUGUGGGCUGUUGGGGAUGGGGGACGAGUGGGCUGAAAUUCUGGAAAAUCUGGGCGGGUGUCGUCUGUCGGAGCACCAGGUCGUCUGGGACGAAGGGUUGAUGGAAGAAGAUGAAGAAUUGGUUCGAUGUGGUGGGGAUGAUGUUUCUAUUGCUCACUGGAAAUCUGAUUGUCGGAACAUCAAUAUCGCCAUGGGUCCUUUUCUUCCUUUUAAAACAUUGGUAGUGCCUACAGUUGAAGCAGAUGUGGCAUUUGGUCUUGGUAAGUUCAACUUGACAAGUGAUGAAGUCAAAUCUAGAGUGUCAAAAGCUGCAAAUGCUGUUAGCAUGUCGAAGUACCUACAGGUCAGUCCAGACUCUGGUGGCCAGAAGCAAAGGGUUGCCAUUGCUGGUGCUUCAGCUGAAGCAUGCAAAGUUUUGUUAUUGGAUGAGCUGACAACAUUUUUGGAUGAAAGAGAUCAGGUUGGGGUGAUUAAAGCUGUGAGGAGAUCCUUGGAUAGUUCUGGGGAAGUUACAGCGUUAUGGGUCACUCAUCGCCUGGAAGAACUUGAGUAUGCAGAUGGUGCUGUUUAUAUGGAAAAUGGGAGAGCUGUGAUGCAUGGCGAUGCAGCAAGCAUUACGGAUUUAAUUAAAACCAAGCAAACAGCAUAUAUCAAGGAAAUCAAUUCUGGACUGGUAGUGAGAGAGUACUUUUCUGUGUAUAACUUCCAUUGA